UACAGUUUCCCGGUAAUAGUAAUACUCUGCAGUUUCAGAAUGAAUGCAAAUUUAAAAAUCAAUAUUCAAAACACAAAUUCGACCUGGUUACGUCAGAGGGUCGGGAUUUAAUGACACGAUUUCUCAAAACCCUUGUGUGGUCAAACAGACUUUAAAUUACAUGUUGCAGCCCGCCCCCUGCUAAUAAUAUCCAUGUCUUAAAACCUACAUCGUAUUUCCCUGAGUUAACCCGAAAGUGAAUCCGGAAGGCCGCGUCUGAUCCCCGGCGCAGAGUGAGAGUCGAUGCGGUGAUGUGUUGAGGGGGCGUCGGGGGUGGUGUGUUUGUAUUUCUCGCUGCCGCGCUGUGAGAGCACCAGACGCUGCGUUAGGGCUGCAGUUUCAGAGCGGGAUUUCCUCAAAACAGACCGGGUCAUGCUGGUGGAGAUAAUACAGGGGACCGAGGGGGGAGGGCUGAUCGUCAUUAAAGACAGUUCUGAGUGUGACGGCCGAAGCCUGCUGAAGGGAUUCAUCAAGGCUGCGUUGCAACGUAAUGAGCCGGUCCACGUUGUUGGGUUUGAAGUUUCGGAAAAUGAACUCCGAACCGGAUUGGACAGUGGUGCAGCAUCGAGGCUGGUGUUCCAUGACGGCUACUCUGAUCCAUUGCAGUGGCUGGGACAGGGAAAGCUCUCCGUGCAAGACUACAGCGCUCAGAACACGAGGAACCGGAUCAGCCAAACAGAUGACCCCAAGCUUGUAACAUUGAUCAUCGAUUCGCUGAGCUGGCUGCUACUCCACACCCCGCCCACUGCAGUCUGCCAGUCACUGCAGGAGCUGAGCAGGGGAGGAAUGAAAGUGAAGCGUGUCAUCGCACUGUUGCACUCUGACCUCCAUGAGCAGGGGGUUGUGGGUAGCGUGUGUCACGUGGCCACUGCGGUUGUCACAGUGACCCCUGUGUCUGGAAGUGUGAGUGGGGAGGCGGAGCCAAAUGGCAUCGUGAGGACACUGCAGCGCCGAAAAACUGGCAAAGUGUCUCAAGAGGAGGAGUGCUACAGUGUCCGGGAGGAUUUCUCAGUGCAGAUUCUCAGGGACCUGGGCACCAAGAAACAGCCUGCCCCACACCGCAAGGGGGAGACCAAGCAGGGUGACCCUGCGGCCAACUUGACCUUUAACCUCCGCUUGUCGGAGGACGAGCGCCGUGCGAAAGAGAACCUGUCUCUACCGUUCAUCUUCAGCGAGGAGAAGAAGUCAUCAUUGCUUCAGCCUCACUCUGGCGGGGGGAGAAUCCUCUACCAGCCAGACGCCAGUGACGACUUCGACCAAGAAGACCCCGACGACGAUUUAGACGUCUAGAGAUCUGCCUGAUUUAAACUCUUUUUUUUUUUUUUUUUAGUUCUAGUUUGCGAAGGCGGUUCUGAUGAAAGGGACUGGCUGUAGUGAGAGCUUCCACUAACAGACAGACAGACAGACAGACAGACAGACAGACCUGAGCACCCCCUGCCUGUCUGUCAGUCAGUCCUGGGCCUCUCUCAAGCAGAGACUGACUAGUGUGUCUGUCUAGGGGCUGAGACCACUGACCACUCAUUUGUGACCUGUGCAGAUUGGAACCGAGACCUCCAGAGGAAGGUGAAAGGCAGGUAUGAGAGGCGAGUGAAUUAGCCCUCUGUCUGUCUGUCUGUCUGUGCCACCUAGCCCCCCCAGACUGGAACCCAGGCCUCAGGAAGUGAAAAGCAAGAAUGAGGGGCGAGUGAAUUAGCGUCCGCCUUAAUGCUUUUUAGAACGGAGGAGAAUUGUUACUGGAUCGUCAGUCAUGUAUAUAUUUUUUUUUGAAUAAACUAAUUCUAACCCUGAA